AUGGCGACAACACUCCCGACCAACCCGAACCCGCAGACGGUCAAUCAGCUCCUGCAAAAAAUCAGCGAUCCCGAUCCCGAUUUUCGGUUCAUGGCCCUCAAUGACCUAUUCACCAUCUUCUCCAUAGCCAAGAACGAUUUUCUCCACCACGACUUUAACACGGCUUCGCGGACUGUUGAUAAUAUUGUCAAGGCGUUGGACGACACUAAUGGCGAGGUCCAGAACCAGGCCAUCAAAUGUCUCGGUCCGCUCGUUAGAAAGAUUCCUCUCCCGCUAGUUGUCCCGAUGAUGGAGAAAUUGGUAAGUAUGAGGCUGAAACUCUCGGUUGACCACUCUGUUCCCGCAAUGGCCAUGCGAACGACGGUCGAAGCUCUCCCGCGCCCCAUUCCAGGAGUAGCGACCCCGAAAGAUGUGGCCGAGGCAUAUACGAGUAUCAGCCGUGUACUACUGCCUCGUUUCUUGGGCAAACUCGCCCCCGGCGGCAGGGCAGUCCCGGGAAUUCUUUAUGAACCGGAGGUGGCUUCGGACACGGUCGACGUGGUCAUCGAAAUCGUGAGAUGCUUUGGGCCCAUGCUACACCCCGCUGAAGUCGAGGGAUUGCACAACGCUGUUGUCUCGGUGCUCGAGCAGGAUAAGGGAAAUUCGGUGGUGAAGAAGCGGGCGGUCGUCGCAGUGUCGAUGCUCGCACACUACCUCACAGAUGACCUCUUAUCGGCCUUUAUCAGACGGGCUGUUGGCGUCUUUAGCCACCCGCAGGUCUCAGUAAUGACUCGGCGUCUCUACAUAACCAUCCUAGGUUCGAUGGCCCGGUCGAUCCCGUACCGUUUUGGGCGACAUCUUCCAGAGCUGGCCCAUUUUGUUCUCAAGCCACUAAGUGACGACGAGCUACAGGCGCAGGUCGAAGAGAUAAGCGAGGGCGGUGAGGCUGCCCUAGAGUUUAGCGAAGUCCGCGAGGCUGCGUUGGUGACGUUGGAAGCAUUCCUGUCCGCAUGCCCAAUACAGAUGCGGCCGUAUACGGAUAUAUCUCUCGAGGCUUGUCUUCGAUAUCUCAAGUUUGACCCAAACUACGCCGUGAACGAGGACGAUGACAUGGAUAUCGAAGAAGACGACGAAGAACUCGAAGAGGACGACGAGUUUGAGGCCGACGGCGGCUUCGAUGACGAUGACGAUGCCAGUUGGAAGGUCAGACGCUGCGCGGCGAAAGCUCUCUACACCAUCAUUUCGACUCGGGGCAGUGGCGAUCUCUUGGACAGCGGUGUUUUGUACUCCAAAGUGGCCCCAGCUCUGGUAAAGAGAUUCGACGAACGCGAGGAGAACGUGCGUCUGGAGGUUUUGUCUGCCUUGGCCCUUCUUGUCCGGAAGACUGGCGAGGGCAUCAUUCCCGAGUUCUCUAUUGACAAUGCCCAAAGUGACUACUUGAACCAGCUCCCCCCGAGCCGUAAACGUAGGCGCCAAAGCAGCGGCGGCGGCGCAUCUUCAUUUGCCAUCACCAUCGCCGCAUCGGAUCUAUCCGGAACAGGCCUCACCUCGCCGACUCUGGAGAAGAUUCCCGCCGCAGGCCCACGUGCCGACCUCGCAGGUCUUACCCCUGUUAUUGUCAAGUCGGCUACCAAGCUACUCAAAGGAAAGCUGAUUCCCACCAAACAAGCCACGAUCAACCUUUUGGACGACAUGGUAUCUGUCCAGAGAGGCGGCCUUGGGCCUUAUUUCGAGCAGAUCACAAUCCCAGUAAUCGACGCGAUCAAGCCGUCAAGUGCUUCUUCUACCUCGGCGUCUCUCUCAGUUGGUGGAGGCAGCGCUUCGGCGACAGCCAGCACUCUAAGAAUUGCCGCUCUCCGGCUAACUAGCAAUAUCGUCAAGAACCAUUCCUCGGCUGUGCUUGAGCCUUAUCUCUCCAGGAUUGUCGCUGGGGUCGUUGCUGUGGUCCAUGACCGCUUCUUCAAGAUCUCGGCGGAGGCCAUUCAAACAGCUGAGGAAGUGGUCAAGGCCAUCACCCCUCCACGCUCCCGCCUGACUGGACAAAAAUUCAAGGGGGAGCUUCAGAAACUGUAUGAUGUGAUCGUCAGCCGAACCAUUGCAAACGAUGCCGACGUCGAGGUGAGACAGAAGGCGAUCCAUGCUUUAGGUACGCUCCUAGCCCGUACGGCAGGGAGUGAAGGUGCAGGGCUGCUCUCAGAUGAGAAACGAAAGGCUGCUCUUGGAUAUUUACUUGAUCGGCUUCGCAACGAGACGACCAGGCUGGCCUCGGCGCGAGCAGUUGAUACCAUCGCCGCAUUGUCUACAGCGGGCGUUCAGUUCGACCCGCAAUGGAUACGUCAAGUUACCGUUGAACUUGCAGCCCAAUUGAGGAAAUCGAAUCGCGCUUUGAGGGGCUCGAGCAUUAUGGCGCUAAAGCAUCUUAUCCUGUCGCCUGCCACAAGAGGCACAUUAGACGACGAAACGAUACAAGUCAUUGGAACUUCUAUUAACGCCGUCAUUGCUAACAAUGAUGCCCAGCUCCUUGGCCCGGGUCUUCUUGUUCUCGCGCAUCUUGUCCUCGAGAAACCCGCGGUUGUUGUGACUCCACAGCUGAUUCGAUCGCUCUGCGGCCUUCUCCAGUCAACUGUCGCGGGUUCUGUUCUUGAUUCGUUGCUCGUAUUGAUGACCAACGUUGGCCAGAAUGGGCAGGGCGAGGCGAUGAUGACAGGCCUCUUGCAGGAUGUUGGUGUUAGCGGUGAACCUUCGGUCGUCGGCCGGGUGAUUGGAACUCUUCUCGUUGCCAACGGCAGCUCGGCCGGGGUUACUAUGGAUAACUUCGUCGAAGAGAUCAGGGCCAAUGGUUCGGACCAGAUCCGGGCAAGCCUUGCGCUCGCUGUUUUGGGAGAGGCAGGAUUGCGACUUGGUUCGAAAUUCCCGCUGCCGCCCACCUUAUUCUUGGAGCAGUUCACAAACGAAUACGACAAGGUAUCGUUAUCUGCUGCCGCUGCACUUGGACGAGCGGGAGCAGGCAAUGUUUCCGUGUAUGUUCCCGCCAUCCUUCAGGCGAUGCAGAAGAAAGGAAGCACCCAAUACCUGCUCCUCCAGUCGAUCAAGGAGGUCCUCCAGCAGGCCGCACAUUUUUCCAUCGACAUCAGCCAGUUCUCAGCGGCGAUAUGGGACCAGAUUCUCGCCGCUGCUGGAGCCGAGGACAACAAGGCCGUAUGCGCCGAAUGCGUGGGCCGUUUGGCCAUCAUUGACCCCAAGACCUAUGUGCCAAAACUCGAGUCUCUCCUCCGGAACAAGUCACUUGUCCUGAGGGCCAUCGCUGUUCAGGCCCUUCGCUACACUCUUCCGGACGAGAACGAGGCAUUCGAUGCGGUUCUAAAGGGUAUUUUGGUUGAUAUGCUCAAGACCAUCCUCGAGGACCCUGAGAUGGAGAUUCGCCGCCACGCCAUGUCGACACUAAAUUCUGCAUCGCACAACAAGCCAGAGCUAAUCCUGGGACAUCUCAGCCAGCUGAUGCCUUAUGUCAUGAAUGAGACGGUCAUAAAGCCGGAGCUUAUUCAUGAGGUUCAGAUGGGCCCAUUCAAACAUAUUAUCGACGAUGGCUUGGAAGUCCGAAAGGCUGCCUACGAAACCCUCUACGCACUCAUGGAGACGGCCUUUUCACGGAUUAGCACAAUCGAUCUCUACGAUCGUAUCGUGGCUGGUCUUUCGGACGAAAACGACAUCCGUGCUCUCUGCAAUUUCAUGGUGUCGAAGCUGGUUUAUAUUGACCCUGACGAGACCAGUCGCCGUCUUGACUCAAUUGCCGUUGCGUUUAGGAUGACGCUUUCACAAAAGUUGAAAGAUACGGCAGUAAAGCAAGAGAUUGAGAAGCAGGAGGAGGGAAACAAAGCCGUGUUGCGUGUUACACUUCUUCUCGGCGAGAAGUUGAAGUCUGCGCUGAAUAGCGGUGGCAGGGCCAAGAGUGGCGCCGCCAGCGGUUCGAACCAGGUUUGGACAGUCUACUGGGAAUGGGUGAACAAAGACUUCUCCACACAGAUCAAGAACUUGCACGAGGAGACUAAGGAAACGGGACCUGCCUAG